AUGAAUGGAAAAUCAGAAAACAUGCGUAUAGGAAACAACUCAUUCUCUUAUGGCGGCGAGCGCAGCUACUAUGUAAGAGGUCGUCUGCUCUGUGGUAUUCACAGUCAAGCAGCCCGUAUCAUAUUAUGGGAGAAUAGAGGUGGACAACCAUACAUUUACGAGGAAACAAUGACCGAUAUGACCGGAUACUUCCGCACUAAAGCCGAGCUCCACGGUGUUGGUGGUGGUGGUGGUGGUGGAAUUGGAGGAUGGAAUGGCUUCUCAAACGGGGACAUUAUGCUAACUAUCAAUCAUAAUUGCUAUGGUCAGCGUCAGAUAAGUAUCGAUCUACCGCCAUCGUAUUGGAAUCAAGGAAUUUCGGUAAUGAGGACUUUCGACUUAGGCACUAUCAACUUGGAGGGAAUAUUCUCUGGCGAAGAAGCGAACAGGUUUCCCGGAGUACCACGCGAAAGAUUUGGUCGUUCUGGCGAGAUGAUACUCUGUCCAUCUAAUUAG